AUGGCUCCAACGACCUCGGCUUCCCCAACUGCUAAGACUUCCUCCUCUUCUCAAGCUUCAUCUUCUGAUCGUUCGGUUCUCAGGCUCCUGGACUCGCAUCCAACACAACAACGUCCUAACAGUAAAAGGCAACCGCACGCCUCUUGGGAUUCAUUUGAAAGUACAACGUCGUCAUCGUCAAGCGCAUUUCUUCACGAUCAGCUAUCGAAUCAAUCCGGACAGCGCAAACGUCUUCGGUCCAGUCGUCUUAUUCAGUCAUCCAUAUCUCGUCCACCUCCACCACAGCCCUCUUCUUCAGCUCCUUCUUCUCUUGAAAAACGAAGCGCUGCUUUCCAUAAAGCUCCUGUAGCUCAUCGUUCGACACCCGAAGUCCCUAAUCGGUCUUCUUUACGUCGCAAACGCCGAUUUAGCGGUCUACCGCCACCCUCGAACAGCUUCAACGACCCACUUCAUCCCUCCUCGCAUUCAAAUUUAUCAAGUCGCAAAAGGCAAAAGUGUCCACCUACAGCAGACAUGCGUGGGACUGAUGGGGAACCUCUAUCAUCAUCGUCGUCCUCCUCAUCGGCUGACCAAUCGACUGUUGUGAAUCAAUCUGAAGAACGAAAAGACGGGGGCGACCCACAUUCUUCCGUCAGCUCUGCGUUCUCCGCUUUGGAGGCCAGUCAUUCAUCAUCAAGCACCCAACAAGUUCCAACAACUUCAUCUCCACAACAGCAACUAGCCGCAUUGUCGUCCUUGUUCAGUUCCGUCGUCAAUCCUAAAGAUGAUCUCUUCCCUUGUUUCGAUCGCCAAUUUGGGACACGGUGGAGUACAAAGGUUGCGGGACUCGAAAGUCCCAAUCCAUCGAAACAGUCUGCGACAUUGUCGGAAUUGAGCGAAUGGCUGGUCGAAACCAUGGAAAGUCAGAAACAGUUCGAAGCGAAGACAGAAAGUUGCGAGGAUGUCAGAUUGGAAGGAGAAGAAGAUGUGCCAUUUGAUCGGAAGAAAUGA